AGUUACACAGUAAAUGAUUGACAUUGUUAGUUAAGAUAUGGCAUCGUAUUCUUCUCUGUCACACAUCGGCUGGCAGAAGCUCACUUCAGAUCACAGGGAGUGAGAACAACAGAGAAGCAAAGAUGAGUCAUGACCAACAUGAAUCAGUCUGUGAGAAGUUCUCAAGGGAACUCAGACAUUUCAAAUGGAGGGAAAUUUUCACAUGGAAGCUCCUGAAAACGCUGGCCAUGGGUCAGGGUCUCUCAGCACUGAUUUGUGGGACUGCAGUGACAUCUCAGUACCUGGCCACAGAAUUUCACCUGGAUGUACCGAUGUUUCAGGGCUGGAUCAAUUACAUACUUCUAUGCCUCAUCUAUACUAUUGCACUGUGUUUUAGAAAAGGUGAUGAAAAUAUUCUGCGGAUCUUAAGGACAAAAUGGUGGAAAUAUUUAUUGUUGGGGCUGGCAGAUGUGGAGGCAAAUUAUGCAGUGGUGAAGGCUUACCAGUAUACCACAUUAACCAGCAUACAGCUUUUGGACUGCUUUAUUCUCCCAGUGCUUUUGAUCCUGUCCCGAGUCUUCCUGAAGACACGCUACAGAAUCGUUCACUAUGUAGCUGUAUGUGUGUGUCUGGCUGGUGUUGGUGCCAUGGUGGGGGCAGAUAUAGUCGCAGGCCGAGACCAAGGAUCAAGCAGUAACAUUCUGCUGGGAGAUGGCCUGGUUAUCAUCAGUGCCACUCUGUACGCAGUCUCCAACCUGUGUCAGGAGUACAUUGUUAAGAACAAGAGCCGGCUGGAGUUUCUAGGGAUGGUUGGCCUCUUCGGAACGCUGAUCAGCGGAAUACAGCUAGGUAUUUUAGAACAUACGGAUGUGGCAAACAUUCAAUGGACAUGGCAAAUUGCUCUGCUCCUGUGUGGCUUUGCUAUAUGUAUGUUUACACUGUACAGCUGCAUGCCUGUGGUGAUCAACAUGACCAGUGCCACAGCAGUUAACCUUUCUCUGCUCACGGCUGAUCUCUUCAGCCUCUUCUGUGGCCUUUUCCUAUUUCAGUACAUUUUCUCAGGGCUCUACGUUGUGUCUUUAGUGGUGAUCAUGGUGGGUUUCAUAAUGUUCAAUGCCAUCCCUACACCAAACCAAGCUCCUGAACUGGUGACUGAGGAGGGAGGACAUGACAACGAAGUCGAGAAUCAAGAGAAAGGAGAGAAUGUUUCCAGUGGAAAGAGUAUUCCAGCUGAAAAUGAACAUGGAUUUGUUUUAAGCAGUGUUAAAAUGUAGCUCGGAAACUUGAGGUCAACAUUCUUCAUGGAUUUAGUUUUGACUGAUGAUGACACUUAUGUCGAUGCUAACUUACUUUUCACAAUGUAUCAUUUAAAGACCUAUACUUGAAUGGG